AUGACUACUAUAAUGAUGAAAAGAGAUAGACUUUACCGUGAAAGGGAAGAAGAAAGAAGAAGGAGAGAAGAAAGUCCGAGAUGUAACGUGAACCUAGAUGUGGAAGGAAAAAGAAAGUUUUUGGCAAAGGAACAAGGCAAUAUGUAA